AUGUUUUCAUCAAUUGUAGUAUUUCUAACAUAUUUGUCGACAAUUAGUUUGACUAUAUUUCUAGUAUUAUAUGUUUAUUUUAAAUAUAAAAACCGUUACCGGGAUAAGUGUUUGGCCAGUAUUCCCGGACCCGAACCCCGAUACCCGUUGAUCGGCAAUAUAGACCUGUUUCGUAUACCCGGUGUUCCACUAAAUGAAUGUGUCUAUAAAACAUUGGUAUCAUUGUGUAGAUUAUAUAAAAAUUAUGGUAUUUAUAAAAUAUCAUUAGGACCUCAACCUGUUGUUGUUGUAUUCAAACAUAACUUAAUGGAUGCUAUAUUUUCAAGCAAUGUUCACAUUGAAAAAUCUGAACAAUAUAAAUUUCUAAGCGAUUGGUUAGGCGAUGGCCUAUUGUUGAGUACCGGUGCUAAAUGGAAAGGUAGACGAAAACUGUUGACACCGGCAUUUCAUUUCAAAAUAUUGGACGAUUUUAUACCACUAAUGAAUGCGCAGACAAACAUAUUUUUGGAUAAAAUCAAAGAUAUGUCAACUGAUAGACAAUAUAUUGAUAUCAGGGAACCGAUAGCUCAGUUAACUUUGGAUAUUAUUUGCGAAACUGCAAUGGGAGUACAGGUGGGCGCACAGGUAGGCAAAAAUAAGCCAUACGUUGCGGCCAUUCAUGAUUUGGGCGAAAUACUGAUGAAACGUGUAUUUUCGCCCUGGAUUUGGCCGGACGUUGUGUUCAAUCGGACGCCGAUUGGCCGUACAUUUUGCCGAUCACUUAACACACUGCACUCAUUUACCCGCAAUGUUAUCAAUCAAAAGAAACAACAGUUUAUAUCAAAUAACGACACAAAAACUACGGAUCAGUUAACAAGUGAUGAUAACAUCUAUUAUUCGACAAACAAGAAGAAGAAAAGUAUGGCAUUUCUGGAUCUAUUACUCGAGUAUCACAUCAAAGACAACAAGUUAUCGCUGGAAGACAUACGCGAAGAAGUGGACACUUUUAUGUUUGAAGGACACGACACUACUUCGGUAAGUCUCGGAUGGUCUCUCUAUUUGUUGGGUUUGCAUCGCGAAGUUCAGGACAAGAUUCACGACGAAUUGACCGCAAUUUUUGGUGACGACAUCGACAACAACCAGAGAGACAUCACUGCCGAAGACAUUCAACGUAUGACAUACUUAGAGUGUGUACUCAAAGAAUCGUUGCGAAUGUAUCCGUCAGUACCGUUCAUCGGUCGACAUUUGGCCGAAGAUUGUCCGGUCGGUGAUUAUGUUAUACCGGCCGGUGUCGACGUCUUUAUGAUUGUCGAACAAAUGCAUUACGAUUCGGAUGUAUUUCCCGAUCCCAACCAUUUCAGACCCGAACGCUUUCAAUCGGAUACCACUUCUUCCUCCUCGUCCUCGACAACAAUAAAUGCCUACAAUUAUGUGCCGUUCAGUGCCGGUCCUCGCGGUUGUAUUGGUAAACGUUUUGCAGUUACUGAGGAAAAGAUAAUAUUAGCCAAAGUUUGCCAAAACUUUUAUAUUGAAUCAAUUGAACCGUUAGAUAGUAUACAGAUAUCCGCCGAAAUGGUAUUUCGGGCAAAAAGUCCACUAAAUGUUAGAUUUAUUCCCAAAACUUAUUGAUAUUUUUAAUAUUUUUU